AUGAUGGUGAUGCCGUUUAUCACUGAGGAUCCAAAAUUCGAAUGUCAAAUCAGCCCUCCUGAUGGAGUGCACUGGGAUUACACAGUCGUGGACAAGUGCAAUGUUAUGGACAGCAAUAAUUGGACGAUUGCUUGUGAUCGGAUACCUGGCGCAAGGCGGAAUGCUCGUGCACCGAUCAUCACGCAACUUUCUGAUCUUUUCGGUCGUCGGCUCACCUUCCUCAUUCCCCUCUACGUGGCCGUCGUGUCAAAUCUGAUCUGUGCUAUUGCGCCCAACUACGUGAUCUUCCUUAUUUUCAGAUUUGUUGCUGGAGUGGCCACCACGGGUUUCUCUGUGAUCGGAUGGGUCUUGUGCAUGGAGUCCGUCGCUUUAGAGUUUCGUUCUCUGAUACCGCUGAUGGGUACUAUCACUUGGGUGAUCGGGUAUAUUGCUGCUGGCGUACUACGGCUGUUUAUUUCGAACUGGCGGUGGCUGUAUUUUGCAGUCUCCGUUCCUGGUCUCCUCACAAUACCUUUCUACUGGUUCACACCCGAAUCGAUCCAUUGGCUUAUAACGAACAGAAAGAACAAAGGCGUUUCCAAGUAA